AUGCAAGCCGCUGAAACUUGGCCCUGCGGGGGAGAGAUUGAGAAUUACAUUGACCGAUUCAACACGUUUGCGGAUGAGAAGACGCGGUUCCAGAAACUCCUUGACCCAAAUUAUGGAGUAACCAGAGAUCAAGGACCCUGGUACAGCUUUAUCAGGGAGUACAUGACUUCGGAUCUGACGGUGCAGGCUGAUAGGCUCGUUGCCCUACAAGGCAUCGUAGACGUCAUGGGGGGCUAUACUGGCCAGAGCUACUGUGGUGGAUUUUGGCUUAAUGAAGGCUUGCCGUACUCGCUGCUCUGGAGCGCUCAGAAUCGACCUCUAACCCGUCCUACGAGCUACAUUGCCCCAUCAUGGUCAUGGGCGGCCCUAGAUGGAGAAAUCAAGCUAGAUCCACCGAGUAUGCCGGUGGGUGUAACGAUGAUUCGAAUCCUCGGAGGGAAAGGAUCGAACAUAUCGUGGUACAAGCCGAUAGGAAUGCCCGAGAGGCAUUGCGCAUUGCAGCUCGAAAGGGCUCGCCAUGAAGAGGACUCUCGACGUCGCCGCGAGGAGACAGAGGCUCGAACACAACGCGUGUUUGAGGAUUUGGAAAGGGGUGUCAAGUUCCAAGAAAUGGAGGAGGACUCAGCCGAAGAUGCUCUACAGCCAGAAUUGUCAGACGUCAAGGUCACCGAAGGGAUGAUGUUUUCCUUUGACGCUCCUAUGGCUAGGAGUUGCGUGAUACACGUAUAUUGCCUGCCUGUUAUCAGAGCGGACAGUGAAAUUUUCGGGUUACUUCUUCAUCCAGCUGCUGGAGCAGCCAAUCAUUAUGAGAGGCUGGGUAUAUUUAGGCUGCCAUCCACGCAGUUGCAUCAACUACAUCAACUUGGAGGACAUGAGGAGAUCUUGCUCAUCUAG